GCCCCCAAUAUUCCCAUCGCUUCCUCCCCAAUUUUUGAAGACAACCACCGCCUGCCAAAUACCACCAUCUGCCCUCGCCAAUCUCGUUCACCACCACCCUCAAUUCCCUGCAAUAUUUCAUCACCACCGCCAGCCCUCCACCGAUCUCGUUCACCACCACCCCCAAUUCCCUGCAAUAUUUCGCUGGCCCCUGUCUUCGCCGACCUCUCCAUACCCGUCAACCCCUGCCUUCAAUUGAAUUUCUUUGGUUUUUAUCCUUCACCAUGAAUUUUGAAGAAGAUUCCAUGAUUUUCUUUGGGAAAAAGGUCCAAUUACAAAGACAACAAUGAUUUCUCGCCAAUUUUUGAAGAAGACGCCCUCUCCAAUUUUGAAGACGCCAUGAUUUCUCACCAUGAAUUGUGCGAGCUCUAAUUAAUUUCUAUCAAUUUGUUAAUCUCUCACCAUUAAUUUCUAUCAAUUUUUGAGAAAGGGGUGUGUUUUGUUGUGUUGGACCCCGCACCACCGCCUGAAUUUGUAUUGUCAUUCGUAGCUACUUCAAUUUUUUUUUGAGAAUCUUCCAAUCUUCCGCAUCUUAAUUAGACUAAUUAAUGGGAUUUUUUUGGGUACACAAUCUAAGCAGACUGCAAGUCAUUACAGAAAGAGUGUGUGUGUUUUUUUUUUUUUUGAGCAGAAAGAGUGUGUUUAAUUAGUAUACAUUCUUGUGGUUCUUCUUCUUCGCCUCACUCUACUCCAUUUUGUUUCUUUUUCUAGUUCUUCCUCCCCUCAUCUUAUUCUACUGCAAUUGAGUGGUGGUGGUGGUAGUAGUGACGGUGGCGACGGAGGACGGUUGUUGGUUGAGAGAGAGUGUGAAUGGCAUCGACAUUGCAGCCCACUUCUCUUUUAGGGAUAUUUUAGACAUUUAAGCUAAUCUCAUGAUAGCAGCGCCUGUUAUCAAACGGACUUAGUACAUUUGCGAGCUUUUAAUAGUUUCCUACCAAACACACAGCCCUCGAUUCAUUACUGGCCCAAACCCAGCAACAUUUUCUUGAGUUUGGGCAAAUGGCCUUAUCUCAACCAAGUUUUCAAAAUUCAUUUAACAAAAUGUGUGCAUCUUUAUAUCUUUAAGAGUUUUAUAGUAUUAGUUAUUGCGUAAGUCGAUGUUCAUAUGUCAUUAUUUAUACGUGUAUUUAUUUAUAUUGCAAAUAUAAUAUUGUCAAGAUAAAUAUAUUAGUUAAUUUUUUUAAAUAAUUUUUUGAGUUCCACUGUCCCGAAAUUAUUCGCAUCCGAAUAAGCUGAUAACUCAAUAGAGCUGGCAUGAAAUAUAUAUGAUGGGUUGGCCCAAUUGUGACCCUAAUCCUAACCCUUAAAUUUUUACUCUUUUCUUAAUUUCAAAUUUCAGAACACAGUGGAACACGGAAUAAAAAAGGUUAAGGUUCCAGUAAUGGCGACGCUUCCAGUUGAUGCCGACGGCGAAUUUGGUGUGGAAAUAAGAGAUGAUCCGCCUGCUCACAUGCUGAUGAAGGUUCAAUCUUUUUCAAAACUUUGGAAGCAUGGAAUCAAGAAACAAGAAUCAAGGGAAUUUGUUGCUGGAAAUUAUAAAUGGAGGCUCAUAAUAUAUCCCCAAGAAGGCGAUGAUAAAAUUUCUGUGUAUUUAUCGAUGGCCGGCACUAAGUCUCUGCCUGUAGGAUGGGAGGUUAAUGCCCAAUGCAGCAUCCUUUUGCGCAAUGAGAUCUCAAACUAUUAUGUUUGUUUCCGUGGAAAAGCACGGCACUUUGAUGCAACGAGUUGUAGAUGGGGGUUUUCCAUUUCCAAGAAAAUGUUAAAUAAGUUUGACCUUAUUGUUGAUGACACCUGCUGCUUUGGAGCUGAAGUUUUUCUCGACCCCAAAGCGCUUGUCAAUGAAUGUUUGAGCUUGCUUGAUUGGAAGAUUACAAACUUCUCCAAAUUGAAAGGUGUUUGGACUUCUGAAGAGUUCCCUGCUGGUGGUCUCCGAUGGAAGGUGAUGCUCUUUCCAAAUGGGAAUCUUGAUGCAGAAGGCGUUAGUGUCUCCAUGUAUUUGGAGUGUGUUGAGGCCAUGACCUUUUCUCCUCAUGAAAAAGUGAAGGCGGACUUCUGCCUUUGCAUUAGAAACAAACUGCCUCAUGCUCACAUCACCAGAAACACGUCUCAUUGGUUCACAGCUGGUGAAAAUGAUUGGGGAUUCACUAACAUGAUCCCAAUCAGUGAUAUGAAUGACCCAAGCAAAGGCUUCCUCAUUAACGACUGCUGCUUUCUUGAGGCACAACUCUCCGUGCAAGAUGUUGUUCGUACGUCUAAAAACGUCAAGGGCCUUGAUGAUUGAAUGAUACUUAGGAUUUUGAACUUCCUCCUUUUUUUUCCUUUUUUUUUUGUGGCUAUGAAGCAUAAUUAUAUAUAUGGUUAGAAUGCUAUUUCACCGUGUUUGAAUUAUGGGACGAUGUGUUUGAAUUGGUAGUGGUUGGUUUUGUUAGAAUGUUUUAGCUAUUAGCUAGUGCGUGUCUAUGUUUGUGUGUGUAUAAUUAUUUGUAACUAAUGAAUCGUAAUAUCCACCCUAAUGAAUCAACACUUCCAGAUAA